GCGGAGAAAGCGGAGCCCGGGGCCGGGAGUGGACUGGGGCGUGCUCAACCGAUAAGCGCGGGCCCCAGCGGGAGGGAGCCUUUGCCCCGCGCCCGCGAGGCCGCAGUGGGGCCGCCGCCGACGCACGGUCCCUGCGGGCUCCGCCGACCGCGCGCCGGGAUGUGGAAUCCCCUGCACGAAACCAGCGCCACCUCGGUCGCCUGGCGCCGGCCGCGCUGGCUGUGCGCCGGGGCGCUGCUGCUGGCGGCCGGCCUCUUCGUCCUCGGCUUCGUCUUCGGAUGGUUUAUAAAACCCUCCAAUGAAGCUACUAACAUUACUCCACAGCGUAAUGCGAAGAAAGCAUUCUUGGAUGAGUUGAAAGCAGAGAACAUCAAGAAGUUCUUAUAUAAUUUUACACGGAUACCACAUUUAGCUGGAACAGAACAAAACUUUCAGCUUGCCAAGCAAAUUCAAUCUCAGUGGAAAGAAUUUGGCCUGGAUUCUGUUGAGCUAUCCCAUUAUGAUGUCCUGUUGUCCUAUCCAAAUAAGACUUAUCCCAACUACAUCUCAAUAAUUGAUGAAGAUGGAAAUGAGAUUUUCAAGACAUCAUUGUUUGAGCCACCUCCUCCGGGAUAUGAAAAUGUUUCAGAUGUUGUGCCACCUUUUAAUGCCUACUCCCCACAAGGAAUGACAGAGGGUGACCUCGUGUACGUUAACUAUGCACGAACCGAAGACUUCUUUAAACUAGAGCGGGACAUGAAAAUCAAUUGCUCUGGGAAGAUUGCAAUUGCCCGAUACGGGAAAAUUUUCAGAGGAAAUAAGGUUAAAAAUGCCCAGCUGGCAGGGGCCAAAGGAAUCAUCUUGUACUCAGACCCUGCUGAUUACUUUGCUCCUGGAGUGGAGCCCUAUCCAGAUGGUUGGAAUCUUCCUGGACGUGGUGUUCAGCGUGGAAAUACCUUAAAUCUUAAUGGCGCAGGGGACCCUCUCACUCCCGGUUACCCAGCAAAUGAAUAUGCUUAUAGACGCGACAUUGGAGAAGCUGUUGGUCUUCCAAGUAUUCCUGUUCAUCCAAUUGGAUACUAUGAUGCACAGAAGCUCCUGGAAAAAAUCAAGAUGCAUAUUCAUUCCAACAAUGAAGUGAGAAGAAUUUACAAUGUGAUUGGAACACUCAGAGGGGCAGUGGAACCAGACAGAUAUGUCAUCCUUGGAGGUCACCGUGACUCGUGGGUGUUUGGCGGCAUUGACCCUCAGAGCGGGGCAGCUGUUGUUCAUGAAAUCGUCAGGAGUUUUGGAAAGCUGAAAAAAGAAGGAUGGAGGCCUAGAAGGACAAUGUUGUUUGCAAGCUGGGAUGCAGAAGAAUUUGGUCUUCUUGGUUCCACUGAGUGGGCAGAGGAGAAUUCCAGACUCCUUCAAGAGCGUGGUGUGGCCUAUAUUAAUGCUGAUUCUUCUAUAGAAGGAAACUACACUCUGAGAGUUGAUUGCACCCCACUUAUGUACAGCUUGGUGUACAAUCUAACAAAGGAGCUCCAGAGUCCUGAUGAAGGCUUUGAAGGCAAAUCUCUCUUUGAGAGCUGGAAUGAAAAAGACCCUUCUCCUGAAUUCAGUGGCUGGCCCAGGAUUAGCAAAUUAGGAUCUGGUAAUGAUUUUGAAGUGUUCUUCCAAAGACUGGGAAUUGCCUCAGGCAGAGCACGGUACACUAAAAACUGGGAAACAACCAAUUUCAGCAGCUAUCCACUGUAUCACAGCAUCUAUGAAACAUAUGAAUUAGUGGAAAAGUUCUAUGAUCCAACUUUUAAGAAUCACCUUGCUGUGGCCCAGGUUCGAGGAGGGAUCGUGUUCGAACUAGCCAAUUCCAUAGUGCUCCCCUUUGACUGUCGAGACUACGCUGUUGUUUUAAGAAACUAUGCUGAUAAAAUCUACAAUAUUUCAAUGAAACAUCCACAAGAAAUGAAAACAUACAGUGUGUCAUUUGAUGCACUGUUUUCUGCAGUGAAGAAUUUUACAGAAAUUGCUUCUAACUUCAGUGAGAGACUCCAAGACUUGGACAAAAACAACCCGAUAUUGUUAAGAAUUAUGAAUGAUCAACUGAUGUUUCUGGAACGAGCAUUUAUUGAUCCUUUAGGAUUACCAGACAGGCCUUUCUACAGGCACAUCAUCUAUGCUCCAAGCAGCCUCAACAAGUACGCCGGGGAGUCGUUCCCAGGGAUCUAUGAUGCUCUGUUUGAUAUCGAAAGCAGUGUGGACCCUUCCAAGGCCUGGGGAGAGGUGAAGAGACAGAUUUCCAUUGCAGCCUUCACAGUGCAGGCUGCAGCAGGGACUCUGCGAGAAGUAGCCUAAGAGGGACCUUCAGAGAACACACACUGAGCUGGUGCGACGCAUCAGGCAGGAAGAAUCAUGAUGUAUGUAUUGAUAAGCUGGAAAAUAAACUUGUGUACAUAUAUAUAUAUAUACACACAUAUACACAGAUAGGUAUUUUUUCUUCUCUCUGUAGAAUCAAAUAAGAAAGAUGGGUGAUUUUUACUCUAUAGUUAUAGACAGUUAUUCUGAAGUUGAGCUAAGUGUUGAAACUAAGAGGCUAAAAUUUUAAUACACUUGUGUGGCAUUGUCAGAGAAUCAGGUCUAAUUCAGCAUUUCCAAACCUACUCUUGUCAGUGCACACGUAGAAAGCAUCCAUUAUAGAACACAUGAGAAAGUACACAGAGCUGCUCCAAGCCAGAGGCCUUAGCCGGCCCGUCUCCCCCGGCUGUGGGGACCAGUAUCUUAGCUCACUAGACGGGCAGCUCUGGUGUAACCCAGUGCAGGUACAUAUAGUCACUCUAUACUAUAAUUACUUUUUUUAAAAUUAGCAAAUAUGUUGUUUAUACCAAAGGGCAUACAUAACAUAUAUGUACAGUGAAAAAUAAUAAAGAAAUGGCCAUUUGUAAAGCUCCCCCAAAAACCAGGUUAAGAAGAGGCACAUUGCAGAUCUCUGGAUCCCCCACAUACUGCUGACCACGCGCCCUCCUUGCCUUUCAGAGACACUCACUGUCUUUGAGUUUUGCGUUAAUCUUUGCUGUUAUUUGUAAUUUCACUACACAUGGCUGUAUCCCUUACGUGUUUUUGGCUUUGAGUAUUUUUAGAAUAUUUAUAAAUAAAAUCAUGCCAUGUA